ACAGAAGGCAUUUCCAAAACCAAAGUACCGUAGAGUAUUAAACAUAAAGGAGUGUUCUACACGGUCAAAAGCCUUACAGAAAUCCAAAAACCAAAUAAAACCAUCAUCUUCGAUAUUGUCUCUAUAGUCCAAUAAAUCAAGAACAAGCCUAAUAUUGUCAUGGAUUGACCGACCUCUGAGAAAGCCAGACUGAGAUUCACUGAUAAUUUGCGAGAUACCUACCUUAAGCCUAUUUGCAAUGGCAUGAGUCAACAAUUUAUAAUCUACAUUAAGUAGUGUUAUCGGUCUCAGAUUGUCCAGAUAUUUCUUAUCCUUUCCAGUUUUUGAAAUAAGUGAUAUGAGCCCUUGUUUCAUAGUAGUCAUUAGAGUUAUAUUUUUGAUACUUUCCGUUAUGGCAAGGAAGAAAACUUUUCCUCCCAAAAGUGCUUAUAAAAGUCCAAAGAGAGUCCAUCCUGCCCGGGAGACUUCCCAAGAGGCAGCUGUUUAACAGCAUUGUCCAGUUCAAACAUUUCAAUGUCUGAGUCACACCAAGUCCUUAAAGUCUGAGCUGAUGGAGGGAAUGUGAUGUUUAAUACUUUCCAAAAGUGAUAAAUCUCUGCCUCGGUCAGAAGGAGUGUAUAAGUCGUUGUAGAAUCUGUGGACAUCCUCUGUGAUUAAUUUUGCAUCUGUGCAUUCAGAGCCAUUUAUCAUCAGUGUGUUAAUAAUAUUUCUCUCCUGUCUCCUCUUCUCAAGACCACAGAAAUAAGCUGUAUUACGUUCACCUUCUUCGAUCCAUUUCGCCCUCGACCUUAUGAAAGCUCCCCUUGCUCUUCUGGUACUCAGUUUGUCCAAUUGGGGAGUCGGAGGAGGAAUCUGAGCGCAAAAUUAGAAACGAGGACCCGAGAAGGAUUUGAAAAGAAAAAGAAAAGGAAGAAGAGUAACUCAAGUGAAUAAAGUCAGAAAGAGGAGAAGUAUCUUGUUGGGAUGGUAGCUGUGACACAAACAGACAGCAUUUUCAAGGAUCCACAUGGUUGGAAAGUUUGUAGGAGGAAAGCUCGGAGAUGUCAGAUCGGUCAGGAUAACAGGAAGUGGGAUGAUUAUCAUUGAAUGUGUGUCAAAGCGUCAGAGAGAGAGAGCCCUGAAGAUUCAUGCAUUUGGAGAUCACAGCAGUGUGAACUGCUUCCCACUUGGUGCAGAAAUAAGGAAGAAGGGAGUAGUAAGCGGCGUGCCACUGACAGUGGAGGCCGAGUUCUUUCAGGAGGUUGAAGAUGUGUGUGAGGCAAAAUGGCUGACAAGAUUCAGAAAUGGGGAGGAGGAGGACAGUAACUCAGUGUGUUUGACGUUUGAGGGGGAGUUGCCGGAAAGAGUGGAUGUAGAUUAUGUGUGUUACAGGGCGAGGCCAUAUGAGAGAGCGCCUCUCAGAUCUUUCUGCUGUCAGGAAUAUGGACAUGUUGCUGCAGGAUGUAGAGGAGGCAGAAGAUGUGGGAGAUGUGGGAAGGACAACUGUAAUGUGGAGGAGUGUAAAGUGGAGAAAGAGCAAGCAAAGUGCCUGCACUGCGAGGGAAACCACCAUACGGGACCAGCACAGUGUCCAAAAAGAAUUAAGGAAGUAAAAAUGAAUAAGAUCAGAGCAGAAAAGGGAUCGUCAUAUGCUGAAGCUGCUAAGAGUAAAAUGGUGGUAGUACAGAAGGAAAAGGAGCAGAAAGGAAAUGGAGAUAAUCAGAGCAUCAGUGUGGACAAGAAGCGAUUUCUGGCAUUUAUUGCCAUGGUUAUAAACUGUGCGGCUGAAAUAAAGGGGAAGUCGGAAAGGAUUAAGAUGGUGCUGGACGCUGCAAGGAGGUUCUUGAAUGUUGUGGACACAUCUGGAGAGGAUCUGGAUGUUACACUGAGGGAAGGAGUUGCACCAACUCAGACAAUGGGGUCUGGGAUAUAGAAUGGACUAUGGCAUGGGAUCACAUUGGGUGGACACUGUAUGUACUUUACACUGUGAAGCUGUUACAAUGCAGUAGGUGGCGGUAAUGCACAAUUAUGGAUGCCAACCGCCAUAAAACUCAACAGAAGAAGAAGGUUUAGAAGAAGUCAAACUUUCAGGGGGGCGGCGGUGAAGAUUCAGAUUGAAGUAGUGAAGAAAGAUAGUUUGGUGAUGGCGCUGCGGAAUCUUUUGUGCAAUUUCAACCACACAUUUAGGAAGUGUACAAGACUAGCAAAAUCGGACGAUGGAGCAAGAUAAGAUAAAUCGCUUGCUUUAUGCUUAACUUUGUUAACGUUAAUCGUUAACUCUCUGUUAUAGGUAAGUUAGCUGAGGUUUGGAAAACGCUAACGUUAGGCCACGUUCUCUACCUAAGCUGUACUUUUGUAAAAACAUAUUAAUUUGACAUAACCACAGUCUUUUUAAACUUUGUGGGUAACUGGGACAUGAUAAAGUGGCUGGUCUGAAUCUUAUAACGUUAGCCUGUGUGUCUUUGUCCUUUACUUAGCCUGUUGCUUUUGCUUAACAUUACUGUGUUUAUUUCCAUAACUUGGAAUGCACACAAUGGAAGCAAGUCUCCGGUGGGCAAGAGGAAGGCGUGUUGAGCCGGAGUUAGCUGACCAGUUUUUCAGAAUCAGAAAUCAGAAAUACUUUAUUUAUUCCCGAGGGGAAACUCUUCAAACUCUUUGUUGGAUCUGAUCUUGGAAUUUCGUCAGGAGCUUGGGGAAGAGCAACCAUGGCCUCGAAGAGUCUUAACUCGCUGGAUGAGAAACAGACUGUUUUGUGUUUGCUGAAAACUUUUUGGAUCCUGAUCGUUGCGCCCCAUAAUGAUCCCAUACCUGCAGAAGGAAGAGACACGGACAGACCAUUCCCUUCACGGAGAGCAAGAUCACUGCUGAGCCCCUCUCCCUACAGUUUCGCCAUUGGACUUGGCUUUGUCAGCGUCCGUGCUUGAGAGAAACUCCGCUGGACAACUCCAAAACAAACUCACACAUCAAUCGUUAGCCGAGAGUGUUUUCAAAAUACAGACACUGAGGCCAGCAGUUCCAUGGAGCAAUGUGUGAUGUGGCAUGUGUCAUGCGGAGGGAUGGUGCAGAGCCUGAGCCUGACCCAGAGGACACCGGUGUCCUGAUGGGGAAAAACUGGAGGUCUUCAGUGGAAUGGGGAGCAUUGUGCUCACUUUCUUUGGACUCUUGAUUUAUUUGGACUGACAUGCUACUCAUCAGACCUCAAAUGUACAUAUGAAGUCCUGCAGAAGAUUUUCCUCGAUCUGGAUACACAGAGGAUGUCAUCAAAGGGACAAUUCCUGAAAAACAAGCUACUGGUGGGAGUGAGUAUUUGGUUGUAUCCCAGACAGAUUGUUUUUCCACUGCACAAAGUGUAAAGCUUUGAAACAGCAGUGCUGAGACUCCACUGAUGAAUUCAUUCAUUUGGAUGGUUGGUUAACUGCGUUCUCUUUUUGUCCCACAAACCUGAGAACCAUUGAACAGCAUUGGCCAGUCUGACCUGUGACCCGGAUAUCAUAAGGUCAAUAAAAAGGAGCCUGUGGGUUCAACCACGAACCUCUCAAUGGUGGCAGAAUGUGAGUGAGACCUGGACUGACAGGCAAUGGCUGCAAAACUUCCGCAUGAGAAGGGGUACCUUCAUAUACUUAUGUGAUCUCCUGCCGCCAAGUCUCAUCAGGAACAACACCAACCACCACCAACCUGUCCCUGUUAAGCUAUGGGUUGCUGUUAGUCUGUGGAGGCUGGCCACCAACCUGGAGUUCAGGUCCAGUUCAGGUUCAGGUGAUGUUCUGGGACUUAAACAUAGGCUACUCUGGUAAAGUCCACUAAGCGAGGGUAUUUGCCAAAUCCUCACUCUACCGCCCCGGCCAAGAUGGAACCCUGUUGCCUGGAUGGACAAAGUCAUUCGAGGGGUUGGAUGUGCCUCUACAUACCCUCUCCUCCCAUGGCUCAUGAAGCCCUUUGCUGAGGGAAGAGGCAUUACACCAGAACAAGUCCAGUUCAACCACAGGCUCAGUAAGGCAUGGAGGACAGUAGAGAGAGCAUUUAGGAGGCUCAAGGCUAGGUGGAGGUGCCUAUUUAAGAGAAAUAACACCCCUGUCACUUUUGUCAGCAGAAUACUAAUGGUCUGUUGUGUGCUUCAUAAUUUUUGUGAAUUACAUAAUGAAUAUUUUGAUGAGGAAGAUGCAGUCUUUGGAAGGGUUGAGGAGGCUGAUCAGGGUGGAGGUGAGGAUGAUGCCGUGACAUUAGAAAUGCCCCGUGUGUCUAUUUUGCUAGACUUUAGGCUCAGGGUGUGACAGUGCACCAGUUUCAAGUCCCAGUGUGCAGAGAUAUACUGGAGAAAGACAGUAAUAGUAGUUUUUUAGGGGUGCAACACAUGGAUUUGAAUUGAUUAAAAAUGUAAUGAUCAAAUCCAAUUAAUACAAUGUACAUACAUUGAUUGAUCAUUAAUGUACUGUACAAAAUGGGUGGUUCAGAAUGCUUUAUUUUUGUCCCGAUUACACUCUCAACUUCAUUUUGGUUGUGUGUUUGUAAGUUCAUAGAAAUAUUGUACGAUGAUUGGAUCACAAUAUACUGCAUGAUCUCUACUGAUGAAUCAACAUUGAGCUCAUUCUUUCAUUCAUGUUUUCAUUACUAUUGACUUUACCACAAUAAAAAAAGUACUUUUUGGAGUUAUUGGCUGUCAAUUUUCAAUAUGAAAAAUUCAUUGCUACAAUAUAAAAACAAUAACAGAGGUGGCAAAGUCUAAUAGUGAAGCAGUGCAUUAUUUGAUCAAUAUCUUUGAACCAUUUAAAUACAAUGGCGGGGGGGGGGGGAAGGCUACAUCUUUUGAGGUAGAAAAUAGUGCAGAACUAGCGCUUUUAUGUUUGAUGAAAAUCCUUAUUGCAUUUAUAAAAUGGCUAAGCUUUAAAUGCUUUGUUCAAUAAGGCAGAACAGUUCAAUAAAUAUGUGUACAUUUGAACCUGAAAAUAAAGCAUUUGUACAUUUUCGA